GUGUGGUAAGGGGAGAGAAGUACAGCUCCGGUGAAUACCCAUGUGAGAGUGAUCUUGUCAUCUUAAACUACGUGUCCGAGAUGCCUGACCCAGCACAGCCUAGCGGGCCACUCCAGUACGUACAGCGGGCCACCUUUGGGUUUAUAGAGAGGGUCACACACCACAAAGCCCAGGACAUCCCUCAACUUUACAAUGGCCUUCCAUUACUUAGAGAAGAUGCACAAGCUUUGGGAAAUCAGAAUGUGGCUACUCUGAAGCUGAAACUGAAGAUAAGGAAUGGCAGAAAUAUACGAAUGGCACCACAACCAGCCACUCUCCAGAGAGUAGUGUCCCUUGUAUCAAUUGUAAGGCAGUAUAAUGCCCUGGUGGAGCUGCGCAGGAAUGUGCUGUGGCGACACAUACUGGAGCCAGGCAGGGCAGAUGUGUUCGCUGAGAUACAGCCAGUGACAGAGACUUUACGUACACAGCUGAGAGGCUACAAUCCAUCCCAGCAAAGGGCCAUCUGUACGGCAGCCAAGGUGGCCAUGCAGCCUGUCAAUCUGCCACGGGUCUGUCUGCUGCAGGGACCACCAGGGACCGGCAAAUCUCACACCAUCGUCGGUAUAGUGGACAAAAUCAUCAGGGACACACAGGGAAAGGGGCGUAUUUGUCUCUGUACACCAUCAAAUGCUGCUGUGGACGAGGUUAUUCGUAGGUUGAUCUCUCACAAGAAGCGUGUAACAAGAGACCCAAACCAACUGCCUUAUGGUCUACGUGUGGUGAGAAUUGGGAAGAUGUCCUCAGUACACAAAGAUGUGGCUAAACACACUUUCAGUGAAAUUGUCCAUGGCCACAUCCAGAACGAGAUUGCUCGAAAGAAGGAGAAGAAUUUCCCACAAAGUUCUCAACGAGAGCUUGCCAGCCUUGCUGAGAAGAUAUCGGUGCUGUCUAAUCAACUGGAACACAUGGAUCCUGCAGACACCAACAAUGUGCAUAGGAAGCGGCUGCAGGCAGACCUACAGAAGUUGGAGCAGAAAAAGGCCGACCUAAAAUACCAGUAUAGAAAUAUAAAUAAAAGUACAUCUUUGACUCCUGCGGAGGAGUAUGAGAUAAAAAAGAAUGUGCUAUGGCGGGCUCACGUUAUAUGUGGUACGCUGAACAGCUUUGGCAGUGGCAGCGUACAAAACCUUCUACGCAGUCGUCACCCUGGUGACCAGUCCUCCUUCUUCUUUAACUGCAUCAUAAUGGACGAGGCGUCACAGGCGACAGAGUUGGACUGUCUCAUUCCACUUCAGUAUGGGACCAGUAAGCUUAUCAUGGUGGGGGACCCAGAGCAACUGUCCCCAACCGUCCUCUCCAGGAAAGCAGAACAGAAAUGUUUUGGCCAGUCUAUGUUUGAGCGUAUGUAUGGCUACUAUAAAUACAAGGAACAUAACCCGGUCAUACUACUGGACACACAGUAUCGUAUGAACCCCGAGAUUGCAGCCUUCCCCAGCCAGUAUGUGUAUGAAGGCAGGCUUCUCUCGGACAGGUGUGUGGAGGAGCGAGGCCACAACUUUCCAUUGAAGCCCUACCUGGUGUUUAACAUCGACGAAGGUCAAGAACAGAGCUCACAGGCAGGGUCCAUAAAGAAUGAGGCUGAGGCUCACUUUGUGGCAAUGCUCUGCCACAAAAUCAUACGCCACACAGACAUCCCACAGACAGACAUUGGAAUCAUUGCCCCGUACCAGAGCCAGAAGUCUUUGAUUGUUGAUUACUUAAGACAAUGGAAAAUGGCAAGCAUUGAGGUGGGGACUGUAGAUGGAUUCCAGGGCAGAGAAAAAGAGGUUAUCAUCAUGUCCUGUGUCAGGGCCAGCAGUUCUGGAGGCAUCGGAUUUGUUGGCAAUAGGAAGAGGAUGAAUGUAGCUUUGACCAGGGCGAGGUCAGCAAUGUAUGUGGUGGGAAACCUCAGCUCUCUAGAGAGGCCUGGAGGAGACUGGAGGAUCCUGAUAGACGAUGCAAGGAACCGCAGUGUUGUUCUCGAAUGUGGUGGUCAGACCAACUUCUCUACUGUUAUACAGGCCUGUUUUAAACGGAUGCCAAGCUGACAUGUUGAGGUAUACUGGGACAAUCCACCAAGCUGACAUGUUAAGGUAUACUGGGACAAUCCACCAAGCUGACAUGUUGUGGUAUACUGGGACAAUCCACCAAGCUGACAUGUUGAUGUAUACUGGGACAAUCCACCAAGCUGACAUGUUGAGGUAUACAGGGACAAUCCACCAAGCUGACAUGUUGAUGUGUACUGGGACAAUCCACCAAGUUGACAUGUGGAGGUAAACUGGGACAAUCCACCAAGCUGCCAUGUUGAGGUAAACUGGGACAAUCCACCAAGCUGCCAUGUUGAGGUAAACUGGGACAAUCCACAAAGCUGACAUGUUGAUGUAUACUGGGACAAUCCACCAAGGUGGCAUGUUGAGGUAAACUGGGACAAUCCACCAAGCUGACAUGUUGAUGUUUACUGGGACAAUCCACCAAGUUGACAUGUUGAGGUAAACUGGGACAAUCCACCAAGCUGACAUGUUAAGGUAUACUGGGACAAUCCACCAAGCUGACAUGUUGAGGUAUACUGGGACAAUCCACCAAGCUGACAUGUUGAUGUUUACUGGGACAAUCCACCAAGUUGACAUGUGGAGGUAAACUGGGACAAUCCACCAAGCUGACAUGUUGAUGUAAACUGGGACAAUCCACCAAGCUGGCAUGUUGAGGCAAACUGGGACAAUCCACCAAGCUGACAUGUUGAUGUGCAUACUGGGACAAUCCACCAAGCUGACAUGUUGAGGUAUACUGGGACAACCCACCAAGCUGACAUGUUGAUGUAUACUGGGACAAUCCACCAAGCUGCCUUGGAGAUUUGAAAACAAUCCGCUUACCUAUAAUGUGGAGGUCUAUCAGGAGACAACUUGACAUACAAACAACUGUAACAAUCAACAAUCCAUGUACUUAUAUGGAAGUAUACAGGGAACUCCACAAACCUGGCUUUGGAGAUCUGUAACGAUCUGUUAACAUUUGGAAGUCUACUGGAAUAAUCCACCAAGCUGACAUGUUGAUGUAUACUGGGACAAUCCACCAAGCUGACAUGUUGAUGUAUACUGGGACAAUCCACAAACCUGACAUGUGGGGGUGUACUAGGACUGUAUUACUUACAUUGUACCAUAUUCUCUAAGUCUACACUGUAUUACUUCCAUUGUACCAUAUUCUCUAAGUCUACACUAUAUUACUUACAUUGUACCAUAUUCUCUAAGUCUACACUAUAUUACUUACAUUGUACCAUAUUCUCCAAGUCUACACUGUAUUCCUUACAUUGUACCAUAUUCUCUAAGUCUACGCUGUAUUCCUUACAUUGUACCAUAUUCUCCAAGUCUACACUGUAUUCCUUACAUUGUACCAUAUUCUCCAAGUCUACACUGUAUUCCUUACAUUGUACCAUAUUCUCCAAGUCUACACUGUAUUCCUUACAUUGUACCAUAUUCUCCAAGUCUACACUGUAUUCCUUACAUUGUACCAUAUUCUCCAAGUCUACACUGUAUUCCUUACAUUGUACCAUAUUCUCCAAGUCUACACUGUAUUAAUUACAUUGUACCAUAUUCUCUAAGUCGACACUGUAUUACUUACACUGUAUUACUUACAUUGUACCAUAUUCUCUAAGUCUAUACUGUAUUACUUCCAUUGUACCAUAUUCUCUAAGUCUACACUGUAUUACUUACAUUGUACCAUAUUCUCUAAGUCUUCACUGUAUUACUUACAUUGUACCAUAUUCUCUAAGUCUACACUGUACUGUAUUACCACAUUCUGUUACUUUUAUUAUUAUUGUAUGUUAAAUUUUGGGAGAAAUGCAAUCAAUCAGUGUUAGGUGAUAUCUCAAUGUUCACUGAUAGGGUGUAAAGGCCUUGUGCUGAACCUUGAAAAAGGUGGAGAUUGUGUGCUUUAAUGAACAGGACUACUUGCUUAUUUACCUUUACAUAUUGUAAGUACAAUACAAUGUAUUUACCUGUACACAUUGUCAGUACAGUACAAUGUAUUUACCUAUA